GCGGCCCGGGGCGGUGGCCGCGAGUCCCGCAGACCCGGUGACCGAUCGGCGUGGAGACUGGAUGGCUGGGCCGAGCGGCACUGGAGGCCCGAUUGGGGCUGGGGCCCUGGCAGGCGGCGCGCGGUCCAAGGUAGCCCCAAGCGUGGACUUUGACCACAGCUGUUCGGACAGUGUCGAGUACCUGACGCUCAAUUUCGGGCCCUUCGAGACCGUGCAUCGCUGGCGGCGCCUCCCUCCCUGCGACGAGUUCGUGGGGGCCCGGCGCAGCAAGCACACAGUGGUGGCCUAUAAAGAUGCCAUCUACGUAUUUGGUGGAGACAAUGGGAAGACGAUGCUCAACGACCUCUUGCGGUUCGAUGUGAAGGACUGCUCCUGGUGCAGGGCUUUUACCACUGGGACCCCACCAGCCCCCCGCUACCACCACUCGGCUGUCGUCUACGGGAGCAGCAUGUUUGUCUUUGGGGGCUACACUGGGGACAUUUAUUCCAAUUCCAACCUGAAGAAUAAAAAUGACCUCUUUGAAUACAAGUUUGCAACUGGCCAGUGGACAGAGUGGAAAAUUGAAGGACGGUUGCCAGUUGCCAGGUCAGCCCAUGGCGCCACGGUGUACAGUGACAAACUAUGGAUCUUUGCUGGCUAUGAUGGCAAUGCCAGAUUGAACGACAUGUGGACCAUUGGCCUCCAGGACCGGGAGCUCACAUGCUGGGAGGAGGUGGCCCAGAGUGGCGAGAUCCCACCCUCCUGCUGCAACUUCCCCGUGGCUGUGUGCCGGGACAAGAUGUUUGUGUUCUCAGGGCAGAGUGGAGCCAAGAUAACCAACAACCUCUUCCAGUUUGAAUUCAAGGACCAGACAUGGACACGCAUCCCCACUGAGCAUCUACUCCGCGGCUCCCCACCACCUCCCCAGCGCCGCUACGGACACACCAUGGUGGCCUUUGACCGCCACCUUUAUGUGUUUGGGGGUGCGGCUGACAACACGCUGCCCAACGAGCUACAUUGCUAUGAUGUGGAUUUCCAGACCUGGGAGGUUGUCCAGCCCAGUUCUGAUAGCGAGGUUGGCGGGGCUGAGGUGCCAGAGCGAGCUUCUGCUUCUGAGGAGGCCCCUUCCCUGGCCUCUGAGGAGCGGGCUGGCUUCAAGAAAUCCCGAGAUGUGUUUGGCCUGGACUUUGGCACCACUACAGCCAAGCAGCCUGCUCCACCUGCCUCAGAGCUACCCAGUGGGAGGCUCUUCCACGCAGCUGCUGUGAUCUCAGAUGCCAUGUACAUCUUUGGGGGCACCGUGGACAACAAUAUCCGCAGUGGGGAGAUGUACAGGUUCCAGUUUUCCUGUUACCCCAAGUGCACACUGCAUGAAGAUUAUGGACGGCUGUGGGAGAGCCGCCAGUUCUGUGAUGUGGAGUUCGUGCUGGGUGAGAAGGAGGAGUGUGUGCAGGGCCACAUGGCCAUUGUCACAGCCCGAAGCCGCUGGCUCCGCAGGAAGAUCGUGCAGGUGCGGGAGCGGCUGACCCAGAAGCCAGAGGAAGAGGCGGGGCUGGCUCCCAGGGAGUCCUCUGGUGCAGCUGUGAGUGGGACCCAGCUGCCCCUGCUGCGUGUGGCCAUCCCUGAGGCCGAAGCCCGGCCCUUUGAGGUGCUCAUGCAGUUUCUCUACACCGACAAGAUCAAAUACCCGAGGAAAGGCCAUGUGGAGGACGUGCUGCUCAUCAUGGAUGUGUACAAGCUGGCCCUGAGCUUCCAGCUGUGCCGCUUGGAGCAGCUGUGUCGGCAGUACAUUGAGGCCUCUGUGGACCUGCAGAACGUGCUGGUAGUGUGUGAGAGUGCCGCCAGGCUGCAGCUGGGCCAGCUCAAGGAGCACUGCCUGAACUUCGUGGUGAAGGAGUCCCACUUCAACCAGGUGAUCAUGAUGAAGGAGUUUGAGCGCCUCUCAUCACCGCUGAUUGUGGAGAUUGUGCGGCGGAAGCAGCAGCCGCCUCCCCGCACCCCUUCAGACCAACCUGUGGACAUUGGCACAUCCCUGAUCCAGGACAUGAAGGCAUACCUGGAGGGGGCAGGCGCCGAGUUCUGUGAUAUCACACUGCUGCUGGAUGGGCACCCUCGUCCAGCACACAAAGCCAUUCUAGCUGCCCGUUCUAGCUACUUUGAAGCCAUGUUCCGGUCCUUCAUGCCUGAGGAUGGGCAGGUGAACAUCUCCAUUGGGGAGAUGGUGCCCAGCAGGCAGGCCUUCGAAUCCAUGCUGCGCUAUAUCUACUACGGUGAGGUCAACAUGCCGCCCGAGGACUCGCUCUACCUGUUCUCGGCUCCCUACUACUACGGUUUCUACAACAACCGGCUGCAGGCGUACUGCAAGCAGAACCUGGAGAUGAAUGUGACGGUGCAGAACGUGUUGCAGAUCCUGGAGGCAGCUGACAAGACGCAGGCUCUGGACAUGAAGCGGCACUGCCUGCACAUCAUUGUGCACCAGUUCACCAAGGUCUCCAAGCUGCCCACGUUACGUUUGCUGAGCCAGCAGCUACUACUCGAUAUCAUAGAUUCCCUGGCCUCCCACAUCUCUGACAAGCAGUGUGCAGAGCUGGGUGCUGACAUUUGAGGGCCCAUGUGGUGCCGGCUCACAUGUGGACAAAAACCACGCCUUCCCCUGCCCUGGCAACUGCAAAGACUCUGAUGGUCAGGUUCAGGCUUGUGGCAGAACAGGGUCCCCAGAGCCUCUGAAGGGAGCAGAGGGUUGUGGGGGGCUGCAAAGGUCCCACUCCACAGCUGAGGACAGGUCUCACAAAGAGCAGAUGAUGAAAAAAGGCCCUCCUUUCCCCCUCCCCGGCUCCUCCCUAACCUGGUAAGGGGGUAUGGGUAGGAAGCCAGGACUCAGUGAUGGGGACAGUGGAAGAAACAAGCCAAGGAGUUGAUUCUGGGCCCUUACCAAGCAGAGACCUGGCAUGGGCUUGUAGAUUUGGCUGUUGGGUCCUGUCCAAGGGCCGACCUAAGUGGAGGCCACAUGCUAACACCCUUUGUCCAGGUUGGUAUAAAGGCCUCUCCUGCCUAUGAGAAUUUGUACAUGGGCAAUAGUAUAGGCAAAUGGAGUCUGACUCGAGAUGAAAUUUGAAAGGCCCUGGAGUCAUCCACUCUGGGUUAGGCCUAGUUUCCAAAGGGACUGGGGGGGUCCCACCCAUCCAUGUGGACCCAUCAGGUCCAGGUAGGCUAUGGUGAAGUCAGUGGAGAUGCCGCCACCCAACUCUUCCCUGCCCUCCCAUCUGUUCCUAAGUAUUCUGUCACAGAAUGCCUCCAUUAAAGCCACAGCAGCACCACCUGGCCAAUGUAGUCCCCAGUGGGGCUCUGGCCUUCAGCCCUUUGGACUUCGUGGAGCCAAGGACAGGCCAGACCACCCAGUGGGUUGGGACCAGGGAGCCAGCCUUUCCUGGUUCUCUAUCCAUAUGGUCAGGAAUGCUCCAUCCUGACCUGGGUGCUCAGUCUGAUGGGUGGGGGCGUGGGGGACUCCCCUAUCAGGUAAACCCUGUAAAUUUGGGCCUGCUCUCCUGGCCCCAUCUUCUGCUGCCUUGCUGUGUGCUGUACUCCAGACUCUGGCUUAGGCUGGGAAGCUGAGUCCAGAACAUUGCAUCCUUUCCCAACAGAAAGCAAGCCCUGGGCCUCCCCGGUGGCACAGCGGUUGAGCUCUGGGUUGCGAGGCUGCCCGCGGCCUCUGCGGCGCCGGUUCGAUCCCUGGCUGCUCCCUGGCCACCGGAGGAGGGUCCCACAUGGCGCGCAGACCUCUCCUGCCACCCGCUGCUCCCCUCAGCAGUGUACUUCGGUCCUUCUGC